GCUGUUCCUGUCAGCCAGGCAGAAUAGCUGAAUCGCAACUUCUAACGCAGACUCAUACAGAGUCUUUGAUUUCUGAGUGAAUUAACUUAAGAAAGCGCAUCGACAAAACGCUUUUCCAUCGACGUGUACCGAGGGCAACUCUGGACCGGUUCCGUUCGACACCUACGUCUCCCCUGUCAGCCGCUGGUGUCAUCUGGAUGAACCAUCACCAUCCUCCAUGGCCCGGAUCCGAAAGAGGGUCCACAAGAGUUCGUGGAACCCCAUUGGCCGGUGUGACCCCCCCUCUAGGCCCGCCACCCUCCAAGGCGGGCCCUGAUUGACUUGCCCUGUACUGGAGGUGAACAUGGCCACUACCCUCUACUAAAGAACAAAGCAGCACUAUAUCCUCCUCCAUCCCACCCCUUCAUCACUGUUCAUUGCUCUUUGUGAACCGUGACCCCCCCCCCCACCCCCACCCCCCCACCCCCGGCUGUGCUGUAGAGUACUAUGGCAAUGCAUGAUAUGAGUCGAGCCAAGGGUUUCCCCUGUAAAGAAUGUGAUAUGGUCUGCCCGAGUACUCCAAGUCUUUUAGAGCAUAUGAAAGCACAUUAUCAGCAGGAAGAAAGUGGAAGAUUUGAGUGUGAGCAGUGUGGUCGCAUUUACAAGCACGCCGCAAGUCUAGCCAAUCAUAAAAAGUCUCACGAAGUUGGCUCUUUCCAGUGUCCAGUUUGUACGCGUACGCUGCCCAACGCAGUAGCUUUAAAAAACCACCUUCGGAUCCAUACUCUGUCUCCCAGCAGUGCACACGCCGAGGAGGAUAACGAGGAAACGCCCGAGGAGGCAGGCCACGACGAGAGAAACUAUAGCUUGGCUCAGGACCUCUCAGACGGGUUUGGUCGCUCCCAUUUGAACAAUAGUGGCAUGGGACAUAGUGUCCUGCCUCGCCACGAGACAGACGAACACGGUAAAAAAGUUUCCUCUGAAUCUGACAACGCCUGGGACAGGCCCUUUAAGUGUGACCAGUGUGACCGUACCUACAGACACCACGGAAGUCUGGUGAACCACAAGAAGUGUCACCAGCAGGGAACUUUUAAGUGUUCUGUGUGUUUCAAACAGUUCAGCAACCUGGCUGCCCUAAACGGCCACGAGAGAACUCACUCAAAGUUCAAGACGCCAGGGGCAUCGAUGGUAAGUGGCGGAAGUGGUGGCAGCAGCCACCACAAUUCUGAACGCAACACCAGCGCACAAUCCUCUCAGAGCGGCAGCUCCACCUCCUGUUUCUGCCACCUUUGCCAGAUAUCAUUGCCAACGAAGGCCGAAUUCCAGGAGCACAUCUUGCUGCACAAUACAGCCCCAUCCUCGCUUGGAUUGCCACGCGGCUUCCCUGGCAUCAUGCCUCACAACCUGAGUGCAGUACGGUCUCCAGCGUACACUCCAGCCCUGGGAGAUCCUCUGCCCCUUCCACCCCUGCCCACUGAAAAAAGAGGCCCAUAUGACCCCAUAAUGGGGCCCCCAGUCAACAACCCUAUAUACACUUGUGCAUAUUGUGGGGCAGGACACCCUGACCUAGAGACUUUAAAGGUCCACUAUCUGACCCACGAUCCUCACCCACCCUCUCACAGCCAGGACAGCUCUAUCCUCAACUCUGACACUCUCAGAUCUGGAUCACAGGGCUCGGUUGCAUCACCCUCUGGUGGCCGUGUACCUCAGGCCAAUUCUCCAGAUGAUGGCGAGCGUCGUUUCAAGUGUGGAGAGUGUGGCAAGAGUUACCGGCAUGCAGGGAGCCUGGUUAAUCACAAACGCUGCCAUCAGACAGGCCACUACCAGUGCACCAUCUGUUGCAAACAGUACCCUCACCUUGCAGCGUUACACAGCCACCUGCGUAGUCACAAGGGCCGCCCAUCCAACCAACCAAUUGGCAAUGACAGCAGUGACUGGCUAUCUUCUGAGCCGCUAACGUUGGACUCUCAGCAGAGUUAUGUCCAGGAAGGAAGUGGUGCCACCACUCCAAUCUCUCUGUCAGGAAACCUCGGGGAAGCCGCCCAUUUUGUGCCUGAUGGAGGCCACAGCAGUGGAUUGGACUCUCUGGAGUUCCAUGAUCGCUUUGAUGGCAGCUCAUUGUCCCAGAGCAGCUCUGCUCAUCGCCAGGCAGACAGACACGUGUGCGCAGAUUGCGGUGAGAUGUACGGAGAUGUUUCAGGAAUCAAGUCUCACAUGUGCCCCCGCCGCACCCAGCAGCAACCACAGUCACAGCAGCAGCAGGGCAACCUGUCCAAUGGUUUUAUGGGGAACAUGAACUACCACAGCUCUGGUGGGACCUCAUUGUCCUCAGGGAACUCUGGCAGUAUGAAGGAAGGCAGCAGCCAGAGACCCUACUCCCAGAGUGGAGGAAAAAGAAUUGGCAGCAACGACAAAGAGGAUGAUGAUAAUGGAGAAGUUUAUCAGUGUUCUAUAUGUGGCAACCAUUACGCCAGUCUUCGAGCUCUGAGGAGCCACUUGCGCAGCCAUGCCAAUAACCCAACAGGACCUGGACCAUCAAACAUGGAGCAGGACUGGCGGAUGAUUUGCUCCACUUGUGGCCAGACCUUUUCCAGGAAACAGGACCUUUUGAAUCACCAGUUAAUCCACGGCCCCCAGAGGUCGGACAGUCAGCACCAGGCUAUUGUUGGCUCAGCCAAUGGACGGAGCCACAUCUGUGUUGACUGUGGCAUGUUCUUUGCAGACCACCACCACCUAGUGACUCACUUGUGCCCCGGAAAGAACCGAGCUAGCUCGUUGAGCAAGUCGAGCCACCAUGGAGGCAAAAGUAUGUCAGGAGGGGAUGGGGCUGCUGGAGGAAGCAGUGAUGGUUGUGAUGGUCGCAGGCAAAUGGUUGACCAGAGUGACAAACCUCACAAGUGUGACCAAUGUGGACGAGGAUACAGACACCCCUGUUCACUCCUCAAUCACAAGAAGUCCCACAAAACGGGAGUUUUUCGCUGCCUAGUUUGCCAGAAACGCUACUACAACCUACUGGCUCUGAAGAAUCACCAAAGGACCCACUUCGACUUGAAGAGGCACAAGUGUGAAGAAUGUGGCAAAGCCUUCAAGAUCCAAAAACAGCUCAUCAACCACCUCCGUCUUCAUGAGGAGCACCGAGCCAAAGGUCUUGUCCGAACUGGUCCCAACGUUUCUCGCUUCCAGCAGCCUGGCCCAUCUCAAAUGCAGGCCAUAAGAGGAGACUCGUCGAAGGGCACUAUGAUGGGGGUCAAGUACAGCCACCAGGGCUUUAAGAAGCCCUAUUCAUCUGCUGGCACCUCCAGGCCCCAGAAGUUUGACCCUGCUGAAACUGGGCGGCGACCUUUUGCUUGUGAGGAGUGUGGAAAGACGUAUCGCCAUGCUGGCAGCCUGGCCAAUCACAAGAACCUUCACAAAAUUGGGGAGUACCACUGCAAUGUCUGCAAUUCCACCUACCCCAAUCGGCUGGCCAUGAAGAACCACCUCCGCCUCCACUUUGCCCAGAAGAAGCACAACUGUCAAGAGUGUGGCAAAGGCUUCCGCACCCAGAGGCAGCUCGCCACCCACACUACAGCUGGCCUCUGCAAAGGACCACAGGGCCCCGGGGCCCAGAUGGACUUUGAAUGCGAUGGCUGCUGUGAAGGUUUUGCCACGGCUGAUGCGCUUUCAGCUCAUGAUUGCCCGGCCCAGCACUUGCCUUCAUCGUCAUCCACCACCAGCAGCAGCUCUGCCAACAUCAGCAUGGAGAGAAACCCUGUGGACCUGGACUCAGAUGAGCGACCCUAUGCCUGUGACCUGUGCACCUGCACCUACAAACAUGCCAGCUCUCUGCUUAACCACAAGCACACCCACAAGACUGGCGACUUCCGCUGCAACUUUUGUGACAAACCCUACACCAACUAUAUGGCACUGCGAAAUCACAUGCGUAUCCACACACAGCGCAAGAAGCACAUCUGCCACACGUGUGGGAAAGCCUUUCGGCUGGCCAGGUUCCUGCGCAACCAUCAGAAGGUGCACGAGGAGGGUGCCACCCCGUUCGGCUGCCCCAGCUGUGGGAAGAGUUUCCAGGGGAGGUCCGGUCUGGCCCGUCAUCGCUGCGGGGACAACCAGGUAGGCAUGGAGGUCAGGAGGAAGGCCGCUGCAUCUGCGGGGGAGGAAGAGUGUCGGUACACAUGUGAUCAGUGCGGCCGCUCGUACCGCCACGCAAGCUCCCUCCUCAAUCACAAGAACACCCACACCGUUGGCAUCUAUCACUGCGCCGUGUGCCUCAAGACCUACAACAAUCUGCUUGCCCUCAAGAACCACCGCCGCAUUCACUCCGAGACUCGCCGCCAUCAAUGCCACGACUGCGGGAAGGCCUUCCGAGUCUCCUCGCAGCUCUACAACCACCGGCGUGUCCACCAGAAACAGCGGGAGCUGACCUGCCGGUCUUGCCAGCGAGCCUUCCCUACGCAGGCCAGCUUCAGGCUCCACAUGGAGAUCAGCCAUGGCCAGAUGCCACAGCCCCGCCAGCCCAGACACCCGCAGCCCCAACUGGGGGGGUCCCAGGAGCUGGGCUGGGGGUCGGGCCUGGACCUGACCUUGAUGCAAGAACAAGGACUCAACCCAGGCCGCUUGGCCAAAGCUCGUGGGCGAGAAGGUGGCAGAGACAUUACGAAGCCCCAUGUGUGCGACCAGUGUGGGCGGUCGUACCGCCAUGCCAGCUCCCUCCUCAACCACAAGAACAGCCACAAGACCGGGACCUUCUUCUGCUCCUCCUGCCAGAAGGAGUUCCCCAACCUCAUGUCCCUGAAGAACCACCGGCGCAUCCACACUGAGCCCAAACGCUACCAGUGUCCAGACUGUGGAAAGUCGUUCCGGGUGUCCACGCAGCUCAUCUGCCAUCGGCGGAUCCACACCAAGGAAAAGCCGUUCUCCUGCCAGCAGUGUGAUAAGCAGUUUUCCUCCAAGUCUAACUUGAGGCACCACAUGAAGGUGCACUGGAGCAGCUCCACACCCUUGGCUCCGCCCAGCUUUUUGGGCAUGCCCGGCGGCGCCUUCAUUUAGGUGAGGUGGCUGAGGUGGGACACAUGUUAAGGACGUGCCAAAUCAUAGCCUAACCUCUCCUCCUCUUCCUCACUAUGUGUGGACAGGCACACACACACACACACGCACGCACGCACACACACGCACACACACGCACACACACACGCAAACUGGCUUUUGCCCCGCCUCCUCCUUGCUGCAUGCUGCCCUCCCCCACAGUGACAGCCCGACCCGAUCUGAGACAGACUGACCUGUUCUGUGCUGCUUCCACUGGACGCCUUCUACAGCGUUUAAACCGUCUUCGCUCUGAAACUCGUAGCGUGAGUGGAGUUUGAUCCAUGUUCUUUCCACAGGCAGCAGUGACUCAUGGGAACUUUGGGACUUCAUGUGUGUGUGUCUGUGUGUGUUGCAGCAGCGAACACUUCCGCUUUUGUUGUUCACACACAUGAACUCAUCUGAUGGAUGUGCUGUGCUUCUGAGCACACACAAAACUAAAGAUUUGAACCCAUUUAAUCUUGUUUAACCCAUCUAAAACCGUUUACUGUUUCAGUUUGAUGUCGGUCCUCACAUUUGCUUUUAUCAGCAGCAACUUUUACUGUCGUUUAAAAUGUUUAAUCCGAAGAAGCUUGUUCAGCUUCACUGAAAUAUUUCCUAAUUUUUGUAAUGGUUGUUUUAUUUUAUAUCUUUUUCGUAUUUUAUUGAUGCUUGUCGGGAGACUUUUCUGGGUCAGUUGUGAACAUGUUUAGGUUCAAGUGCGAGCCAACAGAGCUCUGGGUUUAAAGAACGGCAUUUACAGUAGAUCCAGUUUGAAUGGGCUAAGGAAUAAUCAGCCAGAUGUUGGUUUACACGUGGAAAAGAAUUAGCAUAAAGUAAAGAUGAUUCUUGGAUUGGACUGAGUGAUAAGACAACACUUAUCAUUUCUCUGCCUCACGUGGAUUCACAUACACAACCAGUUUACUCCCACAGGAGGAGUUGGUUUCAGGACAAGGGGCUACUUCUGUAAACCCGGAGGGAACACGGGACACAACACAAACAACAUCUGCAUUGGUUUGACCACAAACACUAAAUUCAGCAAAUAUAAAUGAGUUCAUCUAGAAAUCAUUUAAACUAUCCUUCCAUCCAUUUUCUCUAGCCGCUUAUCCUCGGAGGGUCACGGGGGGGCUGAUUCCUAUCUCCAGCAGUCUCCGGGUAGCCAGGCGGGGUAGAUACUGUACAGUUGCCAGUCCAUCGCUGGGCAACACAGAGACCCCAUUCCAAUACUCGCCCUGUGGUCUUCAGCAAAGUGCACUUGGAGGAAGUGCUUUGAGUGCGUAGUACACAAGUGUGCAAAUAAUUGUCGCAUUGAGACAGGGAGCAUUGUCUCUAGAGCCCUGCACGGGCCUAAAAUCUGAGCCCGUGUCCGGCCCGGCCCGAGGGGGUGGAGCCCCAGCCCGACCCGAGCCCAACUUUUUUUAACCAACUAAAUGAAAACAAAAUGCGUCAAUUCUGACCAAUGUGUUUAAAAGACGUGCAGGAUCCGAUCAAUUUGUUUUUCCCUCAUUUACAGCGACGGAGACAACGGGGCAGUGCGCCUGGCUCUGGUGGUAAUCAAGUUUAAUUUUAUCUCUUUGCAACAAUUUUCACAAGAAAACAGAACAGUUAAAAGCAGGGCUUGUGUUGACCGGACAGUUCCCGUAUUUGACCGUUUAUUUUGACGGAGAAAGAAUAGAAAGAAUUACCCCGACGCAUGCAGACGAACUGACAUUUUAUUCAUUACGCACAUCGCAGAUGUAGCUAAAUCACUCAAGAAAAGAUUCCCAUCUGAACAUCUGAGCUGGACACCGCUCAGCGCAGCUCACUGUCAGCGCGUACUACAUAAGGUCCACAGCGAGCUGAAGAUGUGGAGAGGGGCUUGGAGCGCGUCGCAGAACCAGAGCGCAUGCGGGAAGGUUCCUCCCACUGAAGCGAGAGUUUUCCAAACCCGGUCUCUCAGAGAGACUUGUCACUUAGAAAAUGUUCCCUGAUUAUGACACUUUGGCUGAAUAGUGCUUGUUCCUGUCUCCAAUGUGGCGACACAUCCAGGAGCCGUCUGAGGAGAAUCCCAGAAUCUCACAUCCUCGUCAGCUCAGGAAGCGCCUAUGAUUACGCACAAGCGUGACGCGUCAACCCGGUCUCACAGUAAGACCGGGUUGGGCCUGUUCAGGUUUACGCAGACAAUCUUUACAUAUAAUUGACUUACAGAUAUAAAAUUAAUGCAGUAAAAAUAUAAAGCAUUUUAUUUAAAUAUCCAUUCAUUAUUUUACAAGCACAGAGAGCCGCAUCAGAUUCAGAUCAGCGGGAAGAUUCCUCCGACUGAAUUCCGUCUGAGGAAUCUUCCCGCAUGCGCUCUGGUUCUGCGACGCGCUCCAAGCCCCUCUCCACAUCUUCAGCUCGCUGUGGACCUUAUGUACGUGCUGACAGCGAGAUGCGCUGAGCGGUGUCCAGCUCAGAUGUUCAGAUGGGAAUCUUUUCUUGAGUGAUUUAGCUACAUCUGCGAUUUGCGUAGAAUAAAGUGUCAGUUCGUCUGCAUGUGUCGGGGUAACCCCAAAAUUCCACUACCUCCGCUCCGCUCCGGCACGAACUCCGCAGCAAAAUCGGUCCCAUUGUAGUCAAUCAGAGCUUUUCCACUACUGUGGCCGUGCGGCGCAGUGCGCCACCCGCCGUUCCGCCAGCGCCUCCGCAGUCAAUGGACAGAAAUCACAACUGCCCAACAGGAAAAGGAGCAAGCACAACUUCCAUUAUUUCACAAUAAAUCGAUAAACAAAAAGCAUUUUUUGUUUCAUAUGCACAGGUUUAACAACUUUUAACAACUAUCAAUGGCGGCUGAACUUUAAAUGCACAAAAAUAAGCCAUAAAUACAGUUUCCACUAUCAAAGUAGUCACACUUUGUUGAUCCAAACGCUGCUGAUCUCUCAACACAAAUGAUGGGCAGAUUAAACAGUUAAUUUCGAUGCUUCUCCCACAUAACGGGUGUUUGGAUCUAACUUCCGCGUUCAUUGCUCGGACUGUAUCGCAAGAUCUCAAAAAUCCCGCGCAUGCCUGUUUGCGCACCUCAGGUCUCCGCACCGGAGUGGAGCCGUUGUAGAGCGGGUACCAGUAAAAAUUGAGUUCGGAAGCGAGCGGCUGCGGAAGGCGGGGGCGGAGCGGAGCAGAGGUAGUGAAAUCUUGGGGAAAUUCUUUCUAUUCUUUCUCCGUCAAAAUAAACUCAAAUACGGGAACUAUCCGGUCAACACAAGUCCUGCUUUUCACUGUUCUGUUUUCUUGUGAAAAUUGUUGCAAAGAGAUAAAAUGUAACUUGAUUAACACCAGAGCCAGGCGCACUGCGCCGUUGUCUCCGUCGCUGUAAAUGAGGGAAAAACAAAAUGAUCGGAUCAUUUUCUGACCUUCCCCACCUACAAAGCUUAAUUACAACAAUCAAACGUGACAGAGCCUGGAUUUGUAUUCUGAACAGUCUAAACAUGUUUUUAAAAAGAAACGUAUGACAAAAGUGGCACCUGCUCAGUAAAACCACCAACAGGGUGAAAAAUAUCUAAAUGUUGUCGGCAGAGACGGGCUACAACUUCUGGAUCCACUUUAUAUAAAUCGUUUUAUUGAUUAUCGUCUUAUGAAAGAUAACUUUGACGUACACGAGCGACCGGUACCGGCUGCUGUCACCUGUUGUGAGCAGCGCUCUGCUGUCUGAGGGUAAGCCCCGCCCACAACGCCGCGGCUGCUGUGGCUCCCAGUGUUUUCUUUACUGUGGGAAACGGGUAAUAAUGGCUCUUUGAUGGGAACAGGUUGCCGACCCCUGGUUUAAGUGUUUAAUUUUUUUAAAUGAAUUCGAUUAAAAAUAAAGGCGCCCGGCCCGUGUCUGAGGUAAUUACACAGUGGUUGGCCCGAAGCCCGGCCCGAGGGCCGUCGGGCCGGGCCGGGCCGACCCAAGGGCCUGGGGCUUCAGUGCAGGGCUCUAAUUGUGUCAUCGAUCGCAAUGCAUGCCAGGAUGCUGGUCACUGUGAUACUUUUAAGAACCUUUAUUAAUAACUUUCAAACAACCAGUUAUUAGAAAUACAUUUACAUUUAUUGCUGCUUUGUCUAAAACAUUCAGAGCAUCAACUAAUCAUCCUAAAACAAACUAAUUUCAUUAGAAAAUACAUAUUUUCAGAAACGGCCCUUGAGCCUGUUCUCCCGCAGCAAUGGAUUGUGGGUAAUUCGAUGCGGACUUGGAUGAAUUGCGGAUCAAUGUUGCAAAAGGGGCGUGAUCAACUUCCACACUUGAGAAUCGGGAGAGCCUACGCACUCGCACCCCUGGUCGGGAUCGCGCAGCUGAAGGGUGCAAGGGUGGAAGUGCGAGUAUUUAUAAAAUAAAACUCAUUUAUUUUUCUGUUUUGUGUAGGAUCAAACUUCUACUUUCUAAAUGAGGAAUCGUUUCCACGUCUGAACAAAUCAGUCGGGGUCCACACAGUUCAUUUCUAACUCCGAAUUAAUCAGUUUUGGUUACAUAAAAAUCUGAUUUUAUGUCCAAAUGUUUCCAUUCUCCAUACCUUUAUUGUGAAAAUCUUCAUGUUUUAUGUGUGGGAAGACCAGUAACUAAUGAGACCAUGUGUGUGAACAGAGCUAAUGUUCUGAUGGACCUGUGUCUCCGACCCAGCCCCUGGACUGGUCGUAGGGGAGCUGAGUGAACUGUUGUAGUACCCGGUUUAUUUAUCUGAUGAAUAUUAAUAAAGCUCCUGUAGUGUGUAGGACGUGUCGAUGUAGAACCUUCUGGUUGGAGAACCCAUCCGGACUUCUGGAGGACCUGGGACUUGGACUACACGUCCUCUCCUGCCUUCUGUACCAUGUGGCGUUGUGCUGAACUUCCCAUCACCCCUCUCUUCCACAUGUCCCUGGUGCUGAGUGGGAUGCCCCAGCUCUUGGUUCUGGUUCUGUCCUCCUCAGUGACCCGUGUAUUUAUUGGUGUUCAUUUCCUGUUUUCUUAUUUAAGUGUCUGUCGGAUUCAGGAGAACUGGAGUUAGUUUAACGUGACGUCCGUGAUGUAGGAGUCCAUGUGAUCUAGAACACAAUAUUAACCAUCUCCUCCUGCCCUCCCCCUCCUCCUCCCUUCACCCCCUCGCUGCUCCUCAGUUUGUUUGGACACUCCUGCCUGCAUCUGAAGUAGUCUAGAGAGGAACGGGUUUGGACCUCUGUUUGGUUUCCAUGCGUGUUUCUGUAAAGCUGACUCGACACUUUUAUAAACGAUGUUUUUUAAUUCAUUUCUUAACAGAACUUGUCCAGAAACUAUAACCGACUGCUGAGUAAUGAAAUAAAUAGCUGACAAAACUCAAA